AUGGCAAAUCCAGAAACCCCACGACAAAAUCCGCGGAUUCCUUUCGGGCUGAAAGAUAUUUCAGAACCAUUGUAUCCAACAUCCCCAACACCAAGACCCAAACCAUCAAAAACAAACUCCAAUUCUAAAAUCCACAAUCCACCACCCCAAUCAUUCUCCUCAUCAUCCUCCGCCCAAUCCUCACCAUCCUCACGCUCUUACUCCAGCGCCCCCAGCAGUCCCAUCCGCACCGCACCAACCACUCCCUCCUUGAAUCUCACCUCCAAAAUGCGCAAUUUAUGGAAUACCUCGCAAAGCAAAUCUUUUCUCUCCAAUCUCAACAUUGGUCUUGCGACGAAUUUUCCCCUGAAGAAUUUAAAUCUUCAUUCGAAGAAAAGUUCAUCUGUUGUGAGCGCUGAUGAAGAGGUUUGGGCUGCGUUUGGGAGAGAUGAAUAUCAUAAUUAUAUUCAUCAUGGCGAUCAUACUAACUACUCCAAUUACUCAAACCAGACGAAUGACGUCGCAGCAGCAAUCCCUAUCCCCAAAUUAUCCAGUCCUAACGGCAAACCAGCGAAGCCCUUGCUUUAUAGUGCUAUGGGUGAUACAGAUGCAAAUCCGCUCUCAGGACCAUCCACACAACAUGCGGAGUAUCUUAUCUCGAGAGUAGAGGGGCGGUUUAUGGGUCCGGAUACAUCACCAAUAGAAUCGCCUUCUCGGGAGGCAUUGGCUGGGGGUAUGUUGUUUGGUUAUGGGGGUGGGAAUGGAAGACUUGGCAAUGAGCGGAUGAAGGGAACUUAUAAAAAUGAGAAUGAGGGAGUUGCAGUCGGAAAUAUGAGAGGCACAGGGGAUGAGAACCAGGGAAUUGUGAAGAGCAGAAAUGGUAGAGGAAGAGAAAAGAUGCUCCCAAAGAAGCACAACCAGAAGACCUGGAAAUAUAUACAUCAAUCUUGUAAGGAGAUGUUGGAUAGUAUGCAUCUUUCCAAAUGCGAUGGUGAGGUUACUAAAGUUACUGGACAGGAGAAUGGGAAUAGAUUUGUGGGAGCAGAGGAUUGUAUGGAUAAAGUCAAUGAUGAAGAUGACGAUGAGGGCAAUGAGGCCGAGCGCAAUAAUACAGAGGGACACGACGGAUCCGAUGUCUUUACCGAUGCAUAUUCAGGAGCUGGAUCUGGUAGAUACUGGGGAAAAUAUCAACAUCGUCAUAGAUUGAUUCAUACCGAAUCUCAAGACUCGAUGGUGGAGAUUUACACUUCUUUGCCUGUUUCUACAUCUACAGAUCCUUCUGCCUCUUGUCCUUUUUCUCGUUUUGGGUCGAGGAAACAACAAGAUCAGAAAAAGACGCAAAUGCAAAUGCAACAUCAACUCGCCAAACAAUCGCAGAAAAAAUCAUCAGCUGAGAUUACUCCUGUAAUCCCAUCGAGCUCUUCUCCGGAUAAUAGCAGCACAAUCACAGCAAAUUCCCAUUCAGGAAACCAUCAUGAAUCUUCCGACGAUACCAUAAAACUCGAAAAUCAAAACCAAGCAAGUCUAGAAUCCGAAAUCGAAGAUCCACUCAAUGAAUUCAUCCUCACACCCAGAAAACCACUACAAGAAAGCGAUUUCGCAUACAUGCACAUGCGACCCAAGCCCAGAACAAAUCCCGACGCUACACCUGGAAAUUCACUCACCAUCAUGCCCGAAAAUGGAAUUGGGAACACAUAUCAAUAUUGCUAUCCCAACAACAAGGCAAAUGACGAUAACGAAGACGCUCGAUCCUCACUCGACAUGGAAGAUUCUCUCUACGACGAUGAGAAACCUCAACAGAAAUUCAAGUUGCGCAUGCCGCGUGCGGAGGCGGAGUAUCCGGAUUUUGGGACCAUGAUGGAUAGGGAUAGAGAUAUGUAUACAGAUACAGAUACGGAUAUGGAGGUAUAUCCAUCCACUCCUACCCAAAAAACACAAACAAAAGCAACACCCUCCUGGUCUCAAAAACACGAGUUUGAUGCCGAUGCGGCACUAGAAGCUUCUCUGUCGUCGUUAUCUCGUCUUCAGUAUGAGUAUCAACUGGAGUGUCUGGCUGGAUCGCAAGGCUCGAUUGUAUCUUAA